UUACUGACUCAAACGAGCCCAAUGCCGCCGUGCACCACUCCAUUCCAGUCUAAGCACUGUUGGAGUUCGGUCUCGAUAUUGUCUCGAGGGACCAGGACGGCAACCCGAUGGUGCGAUGCAACUUCAGCACUUUUGAGGGCCGCAACAAGGUGGAGAUCACGGAGGAAGGAUCCCGGAAGCGCAAAAGUCGCGUCGACGUCAAGUACUUCAAGCCGUUCACGCGCUUAAUGGCCCGGGACUGCUUACUGCGUUUGGAUGUUGCCGACAAAGCUGCCGUCCUUAAGCAAAUCGUGGCCUAGCGGAGACUCUGGUGAUCAAGCUGCAGGGUACCACAGCAGCCUGCCGCGGGAGCAGGAUGCACCUCCAGUUUUACCUGGUCAUCUGGUUGGACUUCGGCCGGCCCACUUCGUUCGUGAUGUGCUGGACCCGCGUCGUGAGCGCAUUCUUCGCUUCUGGUCUGAUGUCGACAUCGACCAGGUCGAGGAAAAUCAUAGCCAGCUGGUCGCCGCCUACUACAACGACCCCGUCCUGCGCCGCUCUCUUGAAGAACACGACAAUAGCACCACUUUCGAUGACGCCCUGGGACGUCGCCCCUCGUCAAUGGCUGCGUCUGUGCGCGUUCUGCGGUGGACUAGCGACCAUCAGUCGAAUAGGACUUUUCGCUCCUCAAAUGGGAUGCUUCAAAGAUGCCAAUGAGCGCGUUAUUUUGCAGUAAAGAUCGUAAAGUCGGGGACUGUUAAUGAAAUAAAAGCGCAACC